AUGAUGAUAAUACCGCAUUUGGGAAAGUCGACAUCGUGGCUGAACACAAUUAAUGGGAUUUCACAUUUCUUGAAUAUAUUGAUCAAUCCAUUCAAGUUCCUGGCAAUAAUAAACCAUAACUACCCAUCUGAUGAUGCAAUUGAAGACAUGUACAGAAGAUAUGCAUGUGCAGCAGGUUUUGAUGUUAGAAAGUCAACAAACAAAAAAAAGCAUGGUAUGGUGUACAUGAAAUAUCUGUUAUGUAACAGGGAAGGUUUCCCAAAUACAUCUCCUGUUGAUACUUUGGACCCAAAAACAAGUAAAAUUAAGAGAAGGGUUGACACUAGCAGGACCGGAUGCAAGGCACGUAUACAUUUUAAAAUUUUUCCUGGAACUACCAAAUGGUUGUUAUAUGAAUUUGAAGAAAAACACAAUCAUCCACUUAUACCAAGGGACCAUAUGUUGUUUUCACGUCAUCAUAGGCAGCUGGAUGACACUCAAAAAUCUUUCAUUCUUACAAUGUCUACUCAGAAUAUUGGUGCAACCAUAGCUCACAGGCUGUAUACAAGUAUUCUUGGUGGAUACAAUUUUGUAGGCAGUCUAAUUGAUGACUUCAAAAAUUACAUGAGGGAUCUCAAUUGCUUUAUAGGUGGUAAGAUGCUAGUGGACAAGCUGAAUAACAGAAAAGAAAAUGUUGAGAAUUUUUCUUUUGACUAUCGAGUUGAGAAUAAGCAGUUGAAUGCUCUUUUUUGGGCAGAUGAAACAUCCAAGAUAAAUUAUAAAGAGUUUGGUGAUGUAGUUUCUUUCGAUGCUACUUUCCGAACUAACAGGUACCAUAUGGUUUUUGUCCCAUUUACUGGAAUUGAUAAUCACAAGAGGUGUGUCACUUUUGGUGUUGGCUUGUUGAGUAGAGAAGACACUGAUUCCUAUAUAUGGUCGUUGAAAUCUUUUCUUAAAGCUUUUGGCAAACAACCAUUGUUGGUUUUAUCCGACCAAUACCUUGCAAUGCAGGAAGCCAUUGAAACUGUUUUCCCUCAAUCGAUUCAUAGGCUUUGCAUGUGGCAUAUCACAUCUAAAUUGCCAUUGAAGGUUUCUUUGAACAUUGUCAACAAUCCAGAAUUUCGUAAAAAGUUCAACUUCUUGAUAUGGAAUUCUAGGCUUGAAGUUGAUGACUUUGAGAUACCUGCAUUUUUCAAGCAUGUACCUUUAUCAGGAUUAAUGCGAACCACAUCUAGUUCUGAAAGUGAGAAUUCAACAUUUCACCAGAACACGCAUUGUGGUUCUAUGCUUGUCCAUUUCAUGAUUUCAUUUGAAGCUGCUAUGGAGAAGCAAAGAUUCACUCAGUCAUCUUUUGACUUCAAAACUAACGACAAACAUCCUAUAAUGAGGACACCAUUUGAGAUCGAGAGGAAUGCCUCUAUGUUUUACACUCGCACUGUCUUUCGUCAAGUUCAAAAUGAAAUGUACUUGUCUAUGGUUUCAUGUACUCAAAUUUCGAUCAACACAUUCGACGAUGUUGAUGAGUGUCUUGUCAAAGAAUUUAUUCAUUACAUUCCUUCUAAUGCAAAUGCUUAUCAGCUUGAUCCAGAAGUUCAAAAUGAUGAUCAAUGGGAUAUACCUAUACGUCACACACAAUAAGUCUGCACAAACAUUUACAUGUCCUUGUAUGAAGUUUGAGCAAUUUCUUUUUUUGUGUCGCCACAUUUUUACCGUAAUGAAGACAUAUAACAUCAAAGAGAUUCCUUCCAAAUAUUUACUCAGACGCUGGUAGAAGGACAUCAUCCGCACAGAACUAUUGAAAAAGUGUUUUCGUUAUGCUGAUUCUGACGAGAAUACCCAAAAAGUUGCACUUGAUAUAUUUUUUUACUGUUGAUAUGUUGAUAACUGUGUAUCUUCUCUCAGCAAUAAUCACAUCAAAUUGAAAGAAUACUUGGAAGAAAUAAAGCAGCUUGAAGCAAAGUUCCUUUCCAAUUUCACAAUUCAUGAUAAAGGAAACAAGAAUAAAGAGUUCGAAAAAACACUUGGUGUUACCAUUCCCACUAGUGUGGAUAUUCAAAAUCCUGUAGAAAUUCGCAACAAAGGAAGUGGUACUAAAAAAAGAAUGAAAAGUUCGAGAGAGGUGACAACAGAAAAAUCAAAGGGUUCCAGAUGCGGUUAUUGUCGCAAUGGCAACGAUCAUGAUUGGCGAAAUUGCCCUGUAAGAAAAGAAGAUGAGAAGAACAACAUUGUCAAAGAACGUCCUGGAAAGAAGAAUUAAUUUUAUUUAGCAUUUGUUUUUAGUUUUUUUUAAUUGCGCGUUCAUGUUCUAAACUUGAAUUUUUUUUAUUCACAUCUGCUUGUUUUAGAUUUGUCAUAUUCAUAUCACAG